UAUAUAUAUAUAUAUAUAUAAAUGUCAACUGGAAAGAAUAUUCGAACUUUAGUCGAAUCCGGUAGUCCUAUCCCUACUCAGAAUCAUAGUCCUGAACAACCGUAUUAUUCUUUGGAUGCGUUCUAUGCAACAUUACUCUCCAGAACAUUUGUAUCGAGCACAGAGGCAAUUGCCUUUUGUAGGGAUUUAUGUUCUACGCAUGGAUUUACUGUCAAACAAGAACAAAGCACACACAAGAACAUAUACGUCUAUUGUUCGCGGGAAGGACUCCCGGACUCUCAUCGUAACCCUAAAGUGAAUCCACAAAGAAAUCGACAAUCCCAACGCUGUGAAUGUCGAUGGCGCAUUGUAUUAUUUGAGAAUCUAAAGACGAGUUGGGAAUUUCGUAAAUCACAGAAUGCGGAAGCUUUCAUUCACAAUCAUGCUUUACUACGACCCGACGAGAUAAAGAAGGAAUGGCCGCGUCAAGUAUCUGAAAAGAUAUUUGAGUUGGCACGACAACGGUUACCUACCAACGAGAUUCGACAACAGGUACGAGAACAGUAUCCGGAUAUCUCGUGGGACGAUCGUCGUUUUUAUAACCGUCUUUCGGAGGAACGACAAAAGAUGAAACAACGCGAUACAGCUCAGAGAACCUUACGUCUUGUCAACCGAUGUGCUCAAAUCUGCAUGGUCAAUGCCGGAAGUGAAGAUUUGUCUCAUUACGUUGAAUCCAAGCUCGUGUCCCUGUUACAAGAUACCUGUAAAUUUGCCAAUAUCAAUAGUAAUUCAAUUGGUAUGCCCAUGAAUAUGGCCGGUCUGGAAUUUGAAGGAACAAAGGACGUGAAACACGAGAAUGAGAAAUCACCAAAGAAAUCCUCCUUUGAAUCCUCCUCUUCUUCAACGAGUUUACCUAAAGGUUAUUUGGCAGUCCCGAUUCCAGAACAUACAUACCAUGUCAAAAUGUACAGCCAAAACUCUGCUGGGGAUAUUCGACGAGCCAUCUUUGAUAUGCAAAGAGCACCCCCUCCUCCUUCCUCUGUGGUAAAUACCAAUCCACAUUUGCAAUAUGUGAAUCAACCACGUAGAAGACGAUCGAGAGCGUUAUUUGCGCCUGAAGAAGAUACUGAUUCAAUGGACUUGGAUACGCCACCACGAAAAUUAUCGCGUCAAGUGACUUCGUCCAUUUUGAACGAUGAUGAAUUAGAUGAUAUGUCUUCACAGUCGUCUCCUUCUAAUUCACAGGCCUUACUAUUUGCCAACACGAAUGCCGAUAUCAAUUACAGCCAUCCAUCCAAUGUAUUCUAUAAUAGUAAUGCAGAUACAACCACGACCACAGCAGGAGGGGGAUCCACGAGCCAUGCGUAUCUCUCUCAGUCGGACCUAUACCCUCCUUCUCGACCCAUUGGACAAGGCAUGUACGAUCCCAAUACGUUUGUUACGAAUCCGACGACGACUUUACACGAAAGACCUCAUUCAAUGACAUUUGGUGCACCCAUUCUUCGUACUGCCAAUACACAAGCUCCAGUGCGACCACCACCACCACCACCUGGAUAUCCUCCUGUAAAUUUCACACAGUUGCAGAGUAUGAUUGAAGAGAAUGACAGUAAAUCCAGAUACUAUCCCAUGGUCCCACCUACGAGACAACAGCAACAUCAGCAGCAGCAGCAGCAGCAGCAGCAGCAGCAACAACAACAACAACAACAACAACACCAACAACAACAGCAAGAGAGUUUUUUGAAUGAACAAAUGUUUCCUUCUACAAGCAGUUAUCAACCCCACAAUGUAUUCCCCCCACCCCCACUUCCUCCCCACCAACAGUAUAUGACCCCUCAUGAACAAUUAUUACAACAACAACAAAAGAGAAAGCAACAGUAUUAUCAACAACAAUUGGAAAGACAACAUGUUGAAAGACAACAAGAUCAACAGUUGUAUCGUAGAGCAAGUGGUCCUGGUUAAAAAAAGUAUAUUUAUAUAUAUAUAUAUAAAAAAAAAAUGUUUUUUUUUUAUUCAUUUUUUUUUUUACGAAAAAAAAAAAAAAAAAAAAAAAAAAUAAUGUAUAGCUUUUUAAU